UAGCAUUACACGCAACGCAUGUCUCCCUCUGCCCAGCCCAGUGCAUGACCACUCCUCUUCCGAUGGCCCGCCGCUCCCUCCUGCUCGUGGCAUUGGCGGCUAGCCACGCCGCCGGGCAGUCCGAUGUCGUGCUUCCUGCGUGCACUAGCGCAGACAACACGACCUUACUCGAGCCCUACAAGGCCCUACUCGCCCCGUGCCUCGCCGCUGUGAACCAGACCUUGACGCCGGCCGGCAUCAUCGCCAACCCACCGCUCUUCUGCGCGUCAACGUCGUGCCAAUCACUGUCGACGGCUGCCGGUGCUAUCUUGUCUAAGUGCACGCCGGAGACGUCCGUCGUGCCAGGCAAGUUCUGCGACCCGGCGUGCGUCGAGGCGAUCACGGGGUGGAGACUGAAUCGGCAACAGUGCAUUAAAAUCACGUCGACGACGUACGGUCUCUGCUACACGUGCAAAAAGUACUUGGCGUCUGUCUCGUCCGUCGUCGCGACGUGCCAGAUCCAGGACUCCGCCGCGGCCAUCCGCCAGGAUGUCGACGUGCUUGGCAUGGUCAAGAUCUGCGACGCGCAGACAAACCCGACGACGGCGCCGGUGACCACGUCGUCCGAAAGCAACAACACGACGUACAUCGUGAUCGGGUGCAUCGCAGGCGUCGUGCUAUUGGGUGCUGUCGUCUUUGCGUGCCUUCGCACCAAGAAGCCGCGGGGCGACGUGUACAGCAGCAACGGACAGUCGUACCGCGCGAACGGCUCGAACCGCCACUUGAUCAACUCGGGCAACAACUCGUCAAACGGUGGCGGCACCUCGGGCAACCCAUCGUCGACUGCGCACCACAUGAACACGCGGGUCGCCAACGACAUCCGCUUCGACGCCGAGCUCUCGCAGUUUCGCAUUCCGCAGCAAGAGAUCCAAAACAUCUCGCUCCUCGUCAAGGGCGGGUACGGCGUCGUCUUCCACGCGACCUUCGGCAAGCAGGACGUGGCCAUGAAGCAGCUACUGCCGUCCAAGGCCAAGGACUCGUCAGCUAUUCAGGAUUUCAUGAAUGAGAUCCGCCUCUGCGCGCGCCUCGAGCAUCCCAAGAUCGUCAAGUUUGUCGGUAUCUCGUGGUCGACGCUCCAGGACCUUGCAGUCCUCUCCGAGUUCAUGUCGAACGGCGACGUGACCGGUCUCAUUCGCAAGGAGCGCAAGAGACCCGAGGGCUCGCGCCUCCUCCAUUGGUACUCGGACGGCGUCUUUCCCGCUACAAAGACAUCGAUUGCAGCGGAUACAGCCGACGCGCUCGUGUACCUGCACUCGUUCCAGCCGACGGUCAUCCACCGCGAUCUCAAGUCCAAGAACGUGCUCCUGAGCGAAACCUGGGAGGCCAAGCUCAGUGACUUUGGCAUCUCGCGCGUCACGAGCUUGGAAGAGUCGAUGACGUCCAACAUCGGCACGAUCGCGUGGAUCGCACCCGAGGUGCUCACGGGCGGUCGCUACACGGAGAAGGCCGACAUCUACAGCUUCGGCGUGCUCAUGGCCGAGCUUGAUACGCUCGAGGUGCCGUACGCUGACAUGCUCGGCAAGUCCAAGGAGAACGGCUUCUCGAACGCGCGCCUGGCCAUGAUGGUCAGCGAAGGCGCGCUGCAGCCGUCGUUCACCGAGUCGAUGCCGUCGGAGCUCCUCGCGCUCGCCCGCGAGUGCCUCUCGUUCCACGACAACGACCGUCCGUCGGCCGUGCAGCUGUCGUACCGCUUGCACAAGCUGCUCCAGCAGUAG